UGUAAAAUAUAAUAUAAUAUUUUUACAGGACUUAAAUCAUUCUCAUUACAAAUGAUUAGUUAUGGCUGAAAAAGAAUGCACACAGAAAAAUACCAGGGAUGUAAUUAAAACUAUGACGUUUAUAUUAUUUUUGACAUUAUUUAUGUUUUAUUGUAUGGGCAAUGAAACGAAAGACGAUUACGAUUGUCGUCAAUUAGAAAAUUCAUCGGUUGCAUUAAAAAAUCAAACUGUAAUACUCGAUGAAAAAGCUUUCAAAAAUGGUUUCACUGUGUGGGAUGACAAUUGCCGCAUUCCUAAUGUCAGUGCUUUCGACGAUUCAGUUAAAAAAUUCGUGAAAAAGGAAAAAUCUCCAAAAUGCUCUUCCCUUCCAUCUGUAACUUCUGUAAUUCUUGAUGUUAAAUCAUGGACGUAUACCCUUAAAAUUAACAAGUUUUACCAAAACAAAGCUGAUUUAAAUAUAUCUUGUUGCUAUUCAUCAAUACACAGAAAAUAUUUAAAAAGCAAACGAUCAUUCAAUGAUGAUGAUCGUUACAC